CACACCAGCAAAAAAAAAAUACAAAGCAACAACAAAAAAAUCCCUAGAAAUUCCCAGCACUACUAGUCCUUGUACCUACUACUGAUAAGACAUAAAAUACAUCAUCUUCAUAAAGAGGAAUAACUGCAAAAGUUUGAGUCAUAUAGAACAGUAUUAGUCAAUCAUCUUCAAAGACUAAAGAAGAAAGAGUUGAUUACUACAUAUUAUUUAUCUUUAAAGGAAUUAUCUUUCUUUUUUUUUUUUUUUUAAUUUGCAUCUCUUUAAGUCCUAUAACUUAAUUUUACACAUACCCAUACACUUCAGUUCUUCGGUGCUGUGCAUCUAUCCUAAAAUCUUCUAAUUAAAAAUCAUCCAUUAAAAGCAUCCCUGACAUCUACUGUAUAUGGCAGAGUUGUGGUAGGAUUUAUGUGGACACAAUCUAAUUUUUAUUUGUUUCUGAGGAAGCAGUUAAAGUGAACAUUGCUUCCAAAGACCUCUGAACAUCAAAACUAGCAAAACUAAGAGAACUAUAAGCAUUCAUUGAAAAUGUGACUCCUCCUUCUCUAGAGAGCUUAAAAGAUACUGUAGUCAGAUGCAAACUGAAGACAGCCCAAUCAGGGGAAAAAAUUGUGAUUUCCUACCUAACCUUUCCACUUAAACUGUUUGGAAUUAAUUCCUUACAGGCAGUUCUAUUGAACAAACCUUAGUAAAUAUCUUCCCACUGAAACAGUGAUUAUAACAACAAAACAAAUUGUAAGUCAGGGGUCUUUGACAAAUAACAAAAACUUCUAUCAAGUCCCUAAAGAGACCGAAGUCAUUAACAUUAACAGGCACGACCCUUGGCAAGAGAACAACUAGGAACAAAGAAGAAUUAUUACUAAGAGAACAAUAAAGUGGUUUAGAUACAUCAAGAUCAAUUAGGCAUUAGUUUUAAUAUAGCCUAAAGUUAAAAGCUGUAAAACAACAGAUAAUUUUCCCAUUUGCAUCAUUUAAAGUUCACAGCCCAAGGAAAAUAGCAUGUAUAAAGAAACCAGAAAGCCUUGUGUGAAUUGUGUGUCAAUUAUCUAAUUACCUUUGAUAAUACCAGGUGCAAACCUUCAAGAAAAAAGCUUUAAAGAGCUCUUGCAGGUAUGGGUGUAUUAGGAGAGUAAUAAGACUUGUUGUAGGGAGAAGAGAAAGGAGGAGGAGCUGCAUCUUGUAUUGAAAUGAAUGUCCUCUCCCUGGUUGCAAGAAUGUGAGAGACAAGAGUUACACAAUAGUUACUGGAGCAUGUUUAUCAACUCCAAAUGCAGUUUCUCUGCUUGGGAAGAGAGACAGGGAGACUGGGUUAGUUUCUACUUUGACUCUAACUUCCAGGCUGAGAUACUGCCAUAUAUUCCUGCUAGUCAAGGAGAGAAUCCAAGCCUAGCUCCUUCCUGACCUCCUUCCUUCCUGUGCAAUGUCUGUGGAUGGGGAAGAGUGAGAGCACUUCGGGAUCCUGCUGCCUGGGCAGCUCCUUGCAGAGGUAGCAGGGCUUUCUGACCGAGGAGGUCAGCAACAAGAUCUCAGCCUACAGACACAGCUCCACCUUAGGGCUUGCAUCAGGCAGCUGGCCUUGAACUCCCAUCAGGAAAAGCCUGUGCACCACCAGCCUGGGCAGUAGCUCUGAGCAUUAGCUGCUCAGUGGUGGUGCUUACAUCCCUGCUUCUCUGACUGGUAAUUCCCUGCACCAGUUGGAGGAGUGUUGACUGUCUGCAUGAUGGGAAUUGCUUUGAGGUCUGGACGACAUGCUGCCCCAGCCAGGUGGGAAGGAGAUGUGUCUGCACUCCUGGUCAGCACCAGUAUCUGCCCUCUGGUUUUUGAAGGGAAAUUGUAGUGACUUCUUCAGCUGGAAGCCUUGGUGAGUAGAUGCAGAAGAGGAUGUCUGGUGGCAUAUUUGUACUUGGAUGAUUGCUGUAAUUAGCUUUUUUUUUUUCUUUUAAGAUGAGGGGGAAAAACACAGGGGUUUUUAAGUGUUUUUUUCUUCUGCCUAAGUGAUUCUCAAGUGACAUUCACCACUGUUUUAAUUAAACAUGCCUCCUGAUUUAAAAUUGAUAAGCUUCUACUUCAAGGAAAUGCCAGGGUAAACUUUUAUUUUGGCAGGGGGAAGCAAAACUGGUAAGUAGAAGGAUAGUGUCUCCUAACAGACAGAGAAGUGGGAAGAGUUCAGAAAGUGCAGCCGGGGGGACUAACGCCCACAGUAGCACCUGCAAACUAAUCCCUCACAGCCCUUUGCCACAGAGGUUGGCUCUGUAGCAACUGCCUGAACUAGAGGAGAAUAUGUGCUCUUUGUCUGGAUUACUUGGUUAUUGUCAUCUCCUCAGUGCUUCCAGAGCUGCAAUGGAGAGCAGGAAACCAGUCAUCAUUGGCACUCCCCUGAAGUGCCUCCUUAGGCCACCCCACAUGCUUCAGGUGACCCAGGAGGGUCCAUGCAGACACCACCAGCACAGGAGACUGCAAUCAGGGGCAGGAACUGCCAGCUCCUCAUCAAUCUCACAUAGCAACAGACCAUGUCAAAGAUUUAUAUAAAGCCUUUAUAAGUACAUGCUUGAGGUUGGGGUUUUUUCAGCUGUUUCACUUUCUUGUUUGUACCUCCUCCUUAGUGACCAGCUGAGCCUUCUCCAUGUUCGUGACAAGAAACCUGUGUUUGUGGCUCUUUCAGAAGGUAUGACCCCAACUCCUCAAGGCCUGGGACACACAACUGACAUGAGACCACACCAACCAAAAAUCAGAUUCAGGAAAUGAUGCAAGUUUAAUUUCUGUUUGAAAUGCUCAGAAAUAUGGCACCUUGGAAAAGGAGAUUUUCCAGAUCUGAGACUGGUUUGAGUGCAUGACUACUCAUACUUUUGUCUGGCUCAAAAAACAGGAUGACAAAGAAGCCAACAGACCCCUGCCAAACAAAGGAGACCAUGGACUAGGAAAUGAGAAAUUCAAACCUGUGGUACCUUGGCCUCACGUUGAAGGUGUGGAAGUGGACUUGGAAUCCAUUCGAAGAAAAAAUAAGGCCAAAAAUGAACUAAAUCAGCAUGGUGUUGAUAACAAGCAGCAAAACAUCCUCCAGAGGCAGUAUCUCACUUUUAAACCUCAGACAUUUGUAUAUCCAGAUCCUGUGUUACGACCUGGAGUCCUUGGUAAUUUUGAACCCAAAGAGCCUGAGCCUCAUGGAGUUGUUGGUGGCCCUGGAGAGGAGGCGAAGCCAUACGUUUUAGGACCAGAUUACAAAGAAUCUGUUCAAGCCAGCAUUAAGGAGUUUGGGUUUAAUAUGGUGGCAAGUGAUAUGAUCUCGCUAGAUCGGAGUGUUAAUGACUUACGUCAAGAAGAAUGCAAAUACUGGCAUUAUGAUGACAACCUGCUCACCUCCAGCGUUGUCAUCGUCUUCCAUAAUGAAGGGUGGUCCACGCUCAUGAGGACAGUCCACAGUGUCAUCAAGAGAACACCAAGAAAAUAUUUGGCAGAAAUUGUUCUGAUUGAUGAUUUUAGCAACAAAGCACACUUACAGGAGAGGCUGGAUGACUACAUAAAGCAGUGGAAUGGCCUUGUAAAGGUAUUUCGAAAUGAGAGGAGAGAAGGUUUGAUCCAAGCUAGAAGCAUUGGAGCCCAGAAGGCUAAACUUGGACAGGUUUUGGUUUACCUUGAUGCCCAUUGUGAGGUGGGAAUUAAUUGGUAUGCACCACUUAUAGCUCCUAUAUCUAAGGACAGAACCACAUGCACUGUGCCGCUUAUAGAUGUCAUAGAUGGCAACACUUUUAAGAUUGUGCCGCAAGGGGGUGGUGACGAAGAUGGGUUUGCUAGAGGAGCGUGGGAUUGGAGUAUGCUAUGGAAGAGGGUUCCCUUGACCAAGAGAGAGAAGGAAAGCAGAAAGACAAAAACUGAACCGUAUCGGUCCCCUGCAAUGGCUGGUGGAUUGUUUGCCAUUGAACGUGAUUUCUUCUUUGAGCUGGGUCUCUAUGAUCCAGGGCUUCAGAUCUGGGGUGGUGAAAAUUUUGAAAUUUCUUACAAGAUCUGGCAGUGUGGGGGAAAGCUGCUGUUUGUUCCCUGUUCUCGUGUUGGACACAUCUAUCGUCUCCAGGGCUGGCAAGGAAAUCCACCCCCUGUCUAUGUUGGGUCUUCUCCUACAUUAAAGAACUAUGUCAGAGUUGUAGAAGUGUGGUGGGAUGAGUACAAAGAUUACUUCUACGCCAGCCGGCCCGAGACAAAGGCGCUGCCCUAUGGAGAUAUAUCUGAGCUGAAAAAAUUCCGUGAAGAUCACAACUGCAAAAGUUUUAAGUGGUUUAUGGAAGAAAUAGCAUAUGAUAUAACUUCAUAUUACCCCUUACCACCCAAAAACGUGGAUUGGGGAGAGAUUAGAGGCUUUGAAACCUCUUACUGCAUCGACAGCAUGGGGCACACCAACGGUGGCUUUGUUGAGCUUGGGCCAUGCCACAGAAUGGGAGGAAAUCAGCUUUUCCGAAUCAAUGAAGCCAAUCAACUCAUGCAGUAUGAUCAGUGCUUAACUAAAGGACCAGAUGGAUCCAAAAUUAUGAUUACACACUGUAAUCAGAAUGAAUUCAAGGAGUGGCAAUUCUUCAAGAAUCUGCACAGAUUUACUCACGUUCCAUCAGGGAAGUGCUUGGAUCGCUCUGAAGUCCUCCAUCAAGUUUUCAUUUCAGAGUGUGACUCCAGUAAAGCAACACAAAAAUGGGAAAUGAACAACAUCCUUAGUGUGUAGACAGACAAAACCUACCUACUGACGCAUUCAUUUGUACAGGACUGAAAAUAGCCUGAAAACUGCUGCAGUUAUUAACUUUGUACAGCUGUGAGCCUCCUGGCUUGGAUGAAGGACAUAGAGGAACUGUGAUUAUUACAAUAAUAACAUUAUCAUCCGCAGUUAAUGUUUACAAAACUGCUUUACCUUAAACUCUGUAGAUGUUUACAUCUUUUUGUUUCAAGAUGUUGGUAAAUUAAUGUGCUGUUAGCUAUGGUUCAUAGGAACAUAGUUAAAAGCGUUGUCGUCUUCUUUGGGAUUACACUCAGGGGUCUGAAGGCAGUUUUUUUACACACACUUGAAAAGGUUGUAGUAAUCAGAUUUUCAUAGAACUUGGUGAUUAUCAACCUGUUGUAUAUUUUUAUUUAAUUUUACAUCUUACUAAGCACUGCCACAGGUUAUUAGCCAGGGUGGCCUUCUUUCACAAUCAUGCUGCUUUUUUGGAAGAUGAAUUUCAACAUAUUUAGUGCCUCUUUCAUUUCUCUCUUUCACAAGGAAAGCAUUUGUUGGAAAUUUACAGUGGGUUGCUCUGAGCUGUCACCAGAGGUAGGAACCAACCGUACCACCCUAUGUAAUUACUGUUUCUUGGCUAAUGAAGACAAAUUUCUGUUGCCAGUUUGGCUGCUCUGCUUCUACUGAGUGCGUGGUACGGUGGAAGGAAGACUGUCGAGUUUAGUGCUAAUGUGGUACAAUUUGAUGGAGGUAAGCACCCUCACAAAUCCAGUUAAGAUUUUAUAAGCACUAAUUUGCUUGUUUAAACCAUGCCUUACAUAAGAAUAAUUAAAAUAAACAAUAAACAAACAAGCUGCCCAAUUAUGUAAAAGUUGGAAAGAAUCAAAUACUUCAUUUGUACUGCUAUCUUGAAUGGAAUUCGCUUAGAGGUGAACUAAAACUUUGAAUUAGGAAAAAAAUCCAGCUACUUAAUACAUUUGUGUAAUUCAUCACAAGGACAUCUGUCAGCCAGUUUGGAUGCCAGAUCUAGAUUCCAAAAGAGAAAUAGAAAUCCUGAAAUCACACUUGUUCGUACCAAUUUUCUUGUUAGUUCUGUCAUUCACAACCUCUCCAGAGGGAUUACAAACACGAAAAACCAGCUGCUUGGUGCUAUAAUGUACAGAGUAGAAUGUGAAGGAGUUGUUUCUAAAGAUGUUCUGGAAAGGAGUUGAUGUGAACUCCCUUAGGAGUAUAAAUAUUGACUCUGAACAAAUAGAGAGGUGGAGAGGAAAUGACUUAUCCUCAACUUCCUUUGUCCAGAUUUUGUAACUUAAAUGUUGACAUCAGCGUACUGAUUCCAUAACUAUUGUCUCUAUAACACGUCACACAAUUAAGUAUGACUAAAUACUUCCCUGAAGUCUAGAAUAGCAUUGCAUGCAGCUUCCAUUGUUGUUAACAAGGGUUAUGUAUCAUAUUUGGUGGCAGAGUUGGAUCUUUGUAGGGCUGUCAGCAUUGAUCUGUUAGUUUGGGAUCUCUCCUAUUUUCUUUAAACUUCUCAUCUAUCCUUUCAGAGCUAUGAAAAAUAGAAAAUAAAGGAGAGAGAAACUGGAAAAAAGGAAAAUAAGGUUUUGUGCUGGUACUUGUUCCUUGUGUGUGUGAAAACUGACUCCAUUUGUGUGUUGGGUAGAUUAAUUUAAUCAUACAACUAUGCAUAAGAGAAAGAAUGGUGGCACAUAGAUUGUGCAGGUGUGCAUUUUAAAUGGGUAUUAUGUGCAAUUCAUUGAAAGCUGAUGCUGUAUGUGAAUAUGAAUCUGUAUGUGAGACUGAAACCUUACAAAACAUGAGAUCAUAAGAAGCUGUUGUUGUAAUGACUUUUUCCUACUAUAGCCGGCUUGGAAAAAAAUAAUUCCCAUAUUCUUGCUUUGUAAGUUGAUGAUAAUAUCACUAUGCAUUUCUACAUAUUUUAUAAAUUUGAUUUAUGCAGAUUUUGAUACACUGUAUGUUUCUGUAGAAAUUGUAUAAAUCUUUAAAAAAAUUUAUUAGGGAGAAAUCUGGGAAACCUAUGUAUAUCUUACUCAUGGGUUGCUUGUUUUUUAGGUGAAGUAAAUAAAAUAUUUGAAUUUUUCGUUUUACUAUA